GGAAACUUCCUAAUAUCCAUGAGAAGAAAAAAUAUCCAAAGCUGUCGAGACACAAAAUUCAGAGCAUGUUCUUAUCUGGACGGCUCAGUGUCUGCGACUAUUGAAUUGGUGCAGUCAAAUGGAAACGUUCCGAUUAGUCCUCUCAAUUCAGAAGAGGUUGUUAAAGUACUGACAAGCAGCGCAAUUGAGACCUCAGAUGCUUCAUUGCCGCUGAUGCAAAGAUUGGUACUGUUAGAUUUAGACCCUGCCACAGCAAAACUAGCAAUCAGCUUUCUUGGCCCCUUCCUAUCAGCAUUUUCGUUUCUGUUCAUUUUGAGAAUAGUCAUGUCCUGGUAUCCUAAGCUUCCAGUUGGAAAAUUCCCGUAUGUCAUAGCUUAUGCACCCACAGAGCCCAUUCUUGGUGCAACACGAAAAUUGAUUCCUCCUCUCGCUGGAGUCGACGUAACUCCUGUCGUUUGGUUUGGACUAGUCAGUUUCAUUAAUGAGAUUUUACUAGGCCCUCAAGGGCUGCUUGUCCUCUUAUCUCAAAAACAGGUUUAGCUCUUGUUGCAAUUUGCAGAUUUCUUUUCUCCUUCAGAAUUUUCCAUCACCAGUUCUUUACUGGAGAAAGGGAGUGAUAUAGAGAAAUCCUUCUGUCUUGCAGUUGUACAAUUGUAUGUAUGAUCUUGUAUCUAGUAGUUUUAAAAUCCAGCCGAAAGUUAUUAGGAUCCUCAUUUUGUACAAUCUGAGCCGGUGCAGCUAAUUGUAUAUUAUGGUUCAUCCAUGCAAUUAUGUACAUUCUUCUGAGCUCAUAGAACAUUUUCUUUUAAAAGAUCCUUUGUCUCUGUGAA